CACGCAGACGAACCCUUCCUGCUUAUAAGCUACCUGGACACAUUUCCUCUGAGGAACACGUCCGUCUCCAAAUCCAGACUGUUGCGCCCAGAUGUCAUUUCGCGGUGUCUCUCUUCACUCCAGCAAAGCUCGCGCUGUCUACGCCAGUGUGAGUUAAGAUUUAACUCUCCAAGACAGUCACAUCCUCCCUGCCUCGCGCUCAGGACACUCCGCGCCGAUUUCUCAGAGCCCCGUGCGUCUCGAUGCCAUUCGCUUCCUCGAGGAUCCCGGGAUUCCAGCGGUGAGUGGACCGGAGGAUGGCCAUCCAUGUGGAAGGACUGGUGGCGAUAGUCAUCUUCUACCUGCUGAUCCUGAUCGUGGGAAUAUGGGCCGCCUGGAAGAACAAGAACUCGGGAGUGGUAGAGGGCACGGAUCGGAGCGAGACCAUCAUGGUCGGGGGGAGAGACAUCGGCUUGUUUGUCGGCGGAUUUACUAUGACAGCGACCUGGGUUGGAGGGGGCUACAUCAACGGCACAGCUGAGUAUGUGUAUCUGCCCGAUUACGGCUUAGCUUGGGCACAAGCUCCCUUUGGCUACGCGCUUAGUCUUGUCGUGGGUGGCCUGUUCUUCGCCAAACCGAUGCGCUCCCGUGGUUACGUCACCAUGCUCGAUCCGUUUCAGCAGAUCUACGGGAAAAGGAUGGGCGGGCUCCUCUUCAUCCCCGCGCUCAUGGGCGAGAUAUUCUGGUCCGCCGCCAUCUUAUCAGCGCUUGGCGCCACCCUGAGCGUGAUAAUGGACAUGAAUAUCAACAUGUCAGUGGUCAUCUCAGCCCUCAUCGCCAUCUUCUACACGCUGGUGGGAGGCCUCUACUCUGUGGCCUACACUGACGUGGUUCAGCUCUUCUGCAUCUUUGUGGGCCUGUGGAUUAGCGUACCCUCAGCGCUGGCCCACCCGGCGGUGUCGGACAUCGGUGUGACGGCGCUGCAGAGGGUUCACCAGGCAGCCUGGCUAGGGAGGGUGGACAAGCGAGACAUGUGGACGUGGGUCGACAACUUCUGCCUGCUGAUGCUGGGCGGUAUUCCGUGGCAGGUGUAUUUCCAGCGUGUACUGUCCGCCUCAUCGGCCACCUACGCUCAGGUGCUCUCCUUCCUGGCUGCCUUCGGCUGCCUGGUCAUGGCUGUGCCCUCUGUCCUCAUCGGAGCCAUAGGGGCCUCAACAGACUGGAACCAGACGUCGUAUGGCGCUAUUCCCCCGAAAGACAAGAACCAGUCGGACAUGAUCCUGCCCAUCGUGCUGCAGCACCUGUGCCCGUCCUACGUGUCCUUCUUCGGACUGGGCGCCGUGUCCGCAGCCGUCAUGUCAUCCGCAGACUCCUCUAUCCUCUCCGCCAGCUCCAUGUUUGCCAGAAACAUCUAUCAGCUUGCCUUCCGCCAGUCAGCGUCCGACCGUGAGAUCGUGUGGGUGAUGCGGAUCACCAUCUUUGUGUUUGGUGCGUUGGCGACGACGAUGGCAUUGCUGACCGGCACGGUGUACGGCUUGUGGUACCUGAGCUCCGACCUGGUCUACGUGAUCAUCUUCCCGCAGCUGCUGUGCGUGCUGUUCGUGCGUGGCACCAACACCUACGGCUCGGUGGCCGCCUACGUUUUCGGCCUGCUGCUGCGCAUCGGUGGCGGGGAGCCCUACCUCAAGCUACCCGCCUUCAUCCACUACCCGGGCUGCUACGUGAACGACGAGGGCAUUCUGGUCCAGAAGUUCCCCUUCAAGACCGUGUCCAUGCUGGCCUCGCUACUGGGGAACGUGCUGUUCUCCCACCUGGCCAAGUACCUGUUUGAGAGCGGGAAGCUGUCCGCCAAGUACGAUGUGCUGGACGCCGUGAUGUCCAAGCACAGCGAGGAGAUCAUGGACAAGACCACGCUGGUCAACCGCAACGUCAUCGGCCUGUCAGAGCUGGCGCCGGUAAAGCCCCGCCUCAGUGUCACGCUGGCCGCCACCUUCACCCGCAAGGAGACGCUGACCGAGGAGGAUGACGACUCCAGCCCCGACUCGCCCCACAGCCUCAAGAACGAGUGACCACACACACACACACACACACACACACACACGUGUCCCAUCCACACCCUGAAAACUAACACACAACUCACACAUACAUAUAAAGAAACACGAAGGUGGAUGAUUCCAGCUCCAACUCUCCCCUGUACACACACACACACACACACACACACACACACACACACACACAGACACACACACACACACACAACCUUCUCACUCUGGACUCAGAGAAGGAAGUGCAAUCCGGGGCUGUGAAGUGGACUGCAGUGUGAGAUCAUCACGUUUGGAUCCUCAGCUAUGUGUGUGUGGAGCGUGGAGUGUGUUCUCCAACAUUACUGUGGCAGGGUCAUGCAUCUGUGUAUUUGUGUGAAGUGGAUUCUCUAUCGGUACUACUGCAGCUGGUGUGUGUGUGUGUGUGUGUGUGUGUGUGUGUGUGUGUGUGAGGGUGGAUUAUGUUCUCCUUCGGGACUGCUACAGCUCGAAGGUUGUAUGUGUAAGUGUACAUGAUAUGUGUGUGUGUGUGUGUGUGUGUGUGAUCUACUGGAGAUGGAUUGGUUUGGAGUGGACUUGGAUUUGUCAAUCAUCUUCACUGUGCGUGGUGAGUACAACCUCUGAAUGACCUUUUGCUCAGGAAGUAGAGGUCAGCACAGAUACAGUAGCUGCUGGGAAGUGUAGUUCAGUUGGUAGCUGAGAAGUGCAAUAAUGAUAUGGAUGCGUGCUUGACCUUGUGUGUGUGCCGCAGUGAGGCAGGAAGUGAGGUCAUUGAAUCAUUAAAUGUUUCUGAAGGCUGACCCGAGAUCAGCCAGCUGCUCAGACCUGUAGUCACAUCGAUGAAGUUGCGACUAGAGACUAACUAGUACUACUGCACUCUAUAGAGUUACUACUGAGCCAAAACUCUUGUUGCCAAAUGGUCACUCUCUUAUCAGCCAGUGUGUGUGUGUGUGUGUGUGUGUGUGUGUGUGCGUAUGUUAAAAGGUCUCUCUAUAGUAUACUCCUCUGUUUCCACAAUCACUCUGGAACCCAACAGUAAGCUUCUGUAGUCUGUCCUCCUCUGUGUGUGUGUGUGUGUGUGUGUGUGUGUGUGUGUGUGUGUGUGUGUGUGUGUGUGUGUAUGUGUGGGUGUGUAAGGAACUGUCCUCUGCUUUAGCACUAGUGCUUGUGUAAAAGCCUUAACUCUGCUCAUCUCCAGGACGGGCUACGCAGAGAGCCCCAGGAUAGCGUGUGAAAAGUCUCCCCACGGCAUUGUGGGAUAGCUCUACCCAUGGCAUUUUUGGAUAGGUCUACCCAUGGUCUUUUGGGAUAGGUCUACCCACAGCAUUAUGGGAUAGGUCUACCCACGGCAUUGUGGGAUAGGUCUACCCAAAGGCAUUGUGGGAUAGGUCUAUCCAUGGCAUUUUGGGAUAGGUCUACCCAUGGCAUUGUGAGAUAGGUCCAAUGUUGGCUAGUGUGGAUUAAGUGGCCCCUGCAAAUUCAUCUCCUGUAUCAGAUGUAGUUCUUAGGGGACUGAGUUCAGUUCCUGUAGUUCUAGAUGUAGUUGUAGUUCUGGUCUCCGUACCUGGCUCCCAGCAGGACUUGUACUGGUUCAGUGUCUGUGGCUCUCUCUUAGUGUUGCUGUGAUGUGUAUAUUUAUGUAUAUUUAUAUUUGUAUAAAUAUAGAAAAUGCAAACAACAUUUACAUGUGCAGGUAGGAAACAAAUCGUUCAUGUUAAUAAGCAACAGCUGCUAACAUCUAUUUAUUUAUAAAUGAUGUUGUAAAGAUAUAAAA